CCGCCUGCGGCUCCACCGACCGGUAGCCAUGGCAGAGACGGAAGCGAGCCUGUUGCGCCAGUUCCCGCUGUUUCUGCCCCAGAACCGGGCGAAAACCGUGUAUGAAGGAUUCAUUUCGGCUCAGGGAAGGGAUUUCCACCUUAGAAUAUUGUUGCCUGAAGAUUUACAAUUGAAGAAUGCAAGAUUACUAUGUAGUUGGCAGCUGAGAACAGUACUUAAUGGAUACCAUCAAAUAAUACAACAGAGAAUGCAGCACUCUCCUGAUCUACUGAGCUUUAUGAUGGAGCUGAAGAUGGUCUUGGAAGUUGCUUUAAAGAAUAAACAAGAGCAGUAUGCGCCAUCUCCUCCUCCCCAGUUCUACUCAAGCCUUAUUGAAGAGAUAGGAACUCUUGGUUGGGAUAAACUUGUAUAUGUGGAUACUAGCUUCAGUACCAUCAAGUUAAAAGCCGAAGAUGCUUCUGGUAGAGAGCAUCUAAUCACUCUCAAGUUGAAGGCGAAGUACCCUGCAGAAUCACCAGAUUGUUUUGUGGAUUUUCCUGUUUCAUUUUCUGUUUCCUGGACACCACAGAGCUCCUUAAUAAGCAUUCAUAGUCAAUUUUUGGCAGCAUUAGAAUCACUGAAGGCAUUCUGGGAUGUUAUGGAUGAAAUCGAUGAAAAGACUUGGGUACUUGAGCCAGAAAAACCCACAAGGAGUGCGACAUCACGAAGAAUUGCAUUAGGGAAUAAUGCUUCAAUAAAUAUAGAGGUAGACCCUAUGCAUCCUACUAUGCUUCCUGAGUGCUGCUUUCUUGGAGCUGACCAUGUGGUAAAACCCCUGGGAAUUAAGCUGAGCAGAAACAUACAUUUGUGGGAUCCAGAAAAUAGUCUCUUACAAAAUUUGAAAGAUGUUUUAGAAAUUGAUUUUCCAGCUCGUGCUAUCCUGGAAAAAUCUGAUUUUUCUAUGGAUUGUGGAAUUUGUUACGCCUAUCAACUUGAUGGUGCCAUUCCUGAUCAAGUGUGUGAUAACUCCCAGUGUGGACAGCCUUUCCAUCAAAUAUGUUUAUAUGAGUGGUUGAGAGGACUACUGACUAGUAGACAGAGUUUUAACAUCAUAUUUGGUGAAUGUCCAUAUUGUAGUAAGGUAAUUUAACCUUUGAGCAGAUGAAUACAGUUCAUGUCAUUUAAUACCGUGUAUCAGUACCAGAGGUUAAGUUCUACAACAAGCCUGCUGUCUCUAAGGUUUCUCUUUCACACCUUGGUGUACCUUGGGGAUGACUGACUCGGAAUAACCUUCAAGUAGACAUGGAAAUAGAAGGGCAGAUCCCACAGUACAGGUGGAAUAUUGAAAGCCACAGUGAAGAUCCUUAUGUGAAGUGUUUGUCCAGCAGCUUCAUGUUUAUAGCAGCUGAAAGUGCCAUCACCUUUUUUCGUGGGCUAAAUAGGGGGCAGAAGAUGGGAACAGCACAAGGGGAAAUAAUGGAGUAGCCAGUGCCAAAAUGGAGAAUGAAUUACAUUGGCUGGGCAAGCAGAGCCUUAAUUUGUAGUCUCUCAAUUUUUAGUGUCUAUUGCCAAGUGUGUUCACUCCUUCCCUUUAAAAUAUGCUGGUGUUUUGUGGCUAGGUCUAAGCUGUCACAACACCGUUCUUUAUUCAGCCCUCCUCCCGGAUUCCAGCUUUUCAAAGGAUAGCACAGCCAUUGCUUUUCAGUAACCUGAAAAUUGGAAUUGUUUCCUAAUCACUCGGGGUUCUUUAUUUCCACCACUCAACUCUCCAGACUACUGGGGAAAUUCAUGUGUAACCACCUUCGGAGCCACUCUUCCACUGAAGCCAUCUCGAUAAUAAAUGCUCCUCAUACCACUAGUGUGAAACAAUGCGUUUCCCAACUGCUGUUGUACAUGGGUUUAUCCUAAUAAACCACUGGUUUGCCAAUCACUGUGAAAACGUGUUCUAUGAUAUAAAAGAUCAGUUGAGAUACUAAUGGAGGUUUUUAGUGCCUCCUAUAUGCGAAGGCACUUUAGGUAUAACAGUUUUUUGCCUGGGAGCCUCUGAUGUACAAAUAAAAUUUGGUCUAAUAUAUUCAGUCCUCUGUGAGGCUUCCUGGAAGAGAUGAUGCCUGCUGGAUCUGAUGUCAGUUGGCUGGAUGGUUAGGUUGCACUGCCAUGGGCACUUCUAGCUAAUAAACAAAAUGAUACCUAGUUUAUGGAAAAUUUCUACUUCUAGGGAACUUUUAAAAUGGUAAGAGUGAAGUGGGAUGAUUAAG